AUGUUCAGCAAUAGAACCCUGUUGGCCAGACCUGUGGGUCUCGUGCAUAGCCAUUUCUUUGUGAAGAAGGCUUUCCAAUCCGCUGCUCCAAAACAGAACAUGUCUCUGAGCAGUGUUAUUCAACACAUGAAUCAACAAUCAUCACGUAAUUUUUCUUGCAAUAAUAACAAACAAAACGGAUCGGCACAUCAUCACGAAGAAAAACACAAUAACAAUAGCAAUCACAAAAAGACCGAGUUUGAAGAAUUGGACGAAAUUUUACCUGAACCACCAAAGAGAGAGGUUCUGCUUGCAAAGAUUGCUGGUGCAUCGGCCAUGUUUUGGCUCUUGUACAAGAUGAAAGAGGAUGGACUUAUUGUUUUAGGAUUGGAAAAGCCUCACUGGGAGCAUCCAAUGGACGAUGACGAAUCGGACAGGGAUGACGAAUACUUUGACAAUGCUCUCCAAGAAGAUGAUGAAACUAUUGACCUCAAACUUGAACUUCACUUGAGCACGCCAGAAUCCAACUUUGAUAAGAAAUUGGAUAUUCUCAAGUUCAAAUAA